AGCCCUCAAUUACACGCCUGGCCGACGUACAACAGACCACACUACACCACACCCUCUCUGUCGGGCGUGAGAGUUUCUCUAUUCCCGACUUCUUUUUCCUCUCUCUCCCUCCCUCUCUCCCUCCCUCUCUAUCAGAGCGACGUCGAAGUGACGCGCGCCUCCAUCAACCAGUUUCACGGAGCAUGACCGACGUUGUGCUCUGCUGACCGCCUCAUCUGCAACCAUCUAGGUCUUCAGCCAACCCCCCUCCCCCCGGGCCUGGUCAUUUAGCAUCUUGCAGAUUGCUAAACCCCUCGUCGUCGUCUGUCCAGGUUUUGUCGACUUAACUUUCCGACAUUUCCCUUCCAUCGGCCGACCGGCUUCUUACGUCCUUGCAGGACUGUCAAAAUCGCGACAAUGGCCUCCUCGUCAUCAAACGUCGUUGGUGUGCAUUACAGGGUGGGAAAGAAGAUCGGCGAGGGCUCUUUCGGUGUCAUCUUCGAGGGAACCAAUCUAUUGAACAACCAGCAGGUUGCCAUCAAAUUUGAACCACGAAAGAGCGAUGCUCCUCAGCUUCGAGACGAGUACAGGACAUACAAGAUUCUCGUCGGCUGCCCCGGAAUCCCAAAUGUGUACUACUUCGGUCAAGAGGGUCUUCACAACAUCCUCGUCAUCGACCUGCUGGGUCCCUCGCUGGAGGAUCUGUUUGAUCACUGCGGCCGGAGGUUCACGCUGAAGACCGUCAUCCAGGUUGCCAAGCAGAUGCUUUCUCGAGUCCAAACCAUCCACGAAAAGAACCUCAUCUACCGCGACAUCAAACCCGACAACUUUCUGAUCAAUAGAAUCGACAAGGCCGUCGUCAACAGCGAUCGGAGAUCGAUUAACCAGGUCCACGUUGUUGACUUUGGAAUGGCGAAGCAGUACCGAGACCCCAAGACGAAACAACACAUCCCCUAUCGCGAACGGAAGUCCCUGUCAGGAACGGCCCGAUACAUGAGUAUCAACACCCAUCUUGGGAGGGAGCAGUCGAGACGCGACGACCUGGAGGCUCUGGGUCAUGUCUUUAUGUAUUUUCUGCGGGGUGGGCUGCCGUGGCAAGGCCUGAAGGCUGCGACGAACAAGCAAAAAUACGAGAAGAUCGGCGAGAAGAAGCAGACCACCGCUGUGGACGAGCUCUGCGCGGGCUUCCCGGUCCAGUUCAAGGAGUACCUCGAGUAUGUGCGGAACCUAGGCUUUGAGGAGACGCCCGACUACGAACACAUGCGGGGCCUGUUCACGCAGGCGGCGCAGAAGGAAGGCAUCGAGGAGGACAAUAAGUAUGACUGGGAUCACAUCAUCGACAAGCUGCUGGAGAGCAAGUAUGGCCGUGGCACACCACAGCUCCGGAACCCGGAGCAGAGGCCUGGUCCUUCCAACAUGGAGGUCUACGGCCACUCGCGGGGCGGCAACACGACUCCUCACCUGUCGGACCCUCGCAUGACACGCCUGACAGCAGACCGUUUAAACGCCGCACAACCCCCACCACCUUCUCCGAUCAAGCAAAGCCCGAAAGAUCGGCGAAACGGCCCAGACCGCUUGAUGAUGUCGCCCCGUUCCGGAGCCGGGGGUCUCCGCGACAUGGCAACGCCGACAGGUUCUACGCAGGCCCAGUUCCAGGCCAGUACCCAGAACCUGCCCAAGCCCAUGAACUCGACACAAGCGAUGAACCAGCCAACAUCCACUCCGAACCGGGCGGCCUAUGAGGAGCAGGCGACACCGGGACCGACGGGCUUCCAGAAGGUCAUGAAGGCUCUGUGCUGCGGCUAG